AUGUUGCUAGUCUUAAUUUUAAAUAAAUACCCUUCUAUCCAUCUCUCUCUCUCUCUCUCUCUCUCUCUCUCUCUCUCAAUAGCUAUUUUCACUCUAUCUGUCUCUUUAUAUCUCCCUUUCUUAUCCUUUCUCUCUCUCUUUUUCUCAAUCAGAACAUUGCUAAUUAUUCUUCAUCUUCUUUUCGAACUACAACUACCACUUCUUCUGUCUCUUCGUUUUUAUUUCGAUUUGCUCCUCUUCUCCUCCACCCUCUCCUCUCUUGUUGUUGUUGUUGUUGUUGUUUUUUUUCUUCUUCUUCUUCUUCUUCGUUUGAACUUCUUUUUCUUCUCAUCCUCCUCCCUCUUCUUCGUUAGGGACUUCUUCUUCUUCUUCUUCUUCUUCUUCUUCUUCUUUCGAAGUUCUCAUCUUCCUCCCUCUAUCUUCUUUUCGAACUUUCCUUCUCCUCCUUCGUCGUCUGAUCCUCCUCCUCCUUUUCCUUUUUUGGUCGUCUUCUCCUUCUCCUCUGCUUUCAUUUUCUUUUCGAACUUCAUCCACUUCUCAUCUUCCUUCUUCUACUUCUUUUCGUAUUCUCCCCCCACCUCCUACUUCUUAUUUUCGAACUUCUUUUCAUCAUCCACCUUCUUCUUCUUCUUCUUCUUCUUCUUCUUCUUCUUCUUCUUCUUCUUCUUCUUCAUUUCUGAAUUUCUUCUUCUUUCCGAACUUCUUUUUCGAACUUCUUCUCAUUUUCCUUCUCUUCGUUUUGAACAUCUUCUUCAACUCUUCUCCCCAAUUCUUCUUAAUAAUAAUAAUAAUAAAAAAAAAUCUUUCUGUUCACGAAAAAGCAAAUUACAGCGACCGUUGCGUUUUGUCUGCAAAAAAAAAAGUAUAAAAAUGUUUAAAGAGACCGACUUAGUGCAAGAGUUGGCUCAUAAAAACAAUGGCAUUAAAUACCUCUCCAUAAAAUUUACCAACGUCUGA